UAGCUUCGACAUAUGGCUGCUAGAGUCUUGUGUUCUCCACCAGACGACAAUAAGUUAUGGUAUAGUAGAGUGGAAAAUAUGACAAGUAUUAUGUUUCACUAGUGUCACCAAUAUCAUAUUCUUUGAUUUUUAUUUCAUACUAUUUUUGAAUUAGACAUACUUUAUUGAAAAAGUACAGAUCGAAAAGAUCGAGCACUUAAAUACUGAUUAUAAUUGUUUCUACACAGAGAAGUUAAGUAUUCAUCUGCCGGCCGUCAACUGCAACAUUUUCAAUCGCUGUUGGCUAUGAUUACAACGCGUGGACGACACACGAUUCUUAAGAGACGAACAGAAACGAAACGUCGAAUGAUACGUAAUCGGUUUGAAGUGAGACGAAGCGGGAGGUAAGGAAAGCAAAAGAUAAACAGGUGAAAAAAAUAUCGGUGAUUCUAACGCAUUUCUCUUGAACAAAGUGUAUCCGAUAUAUGCUAAUAAAUCCAAUAUGACUCUAAUUGCCCUUCAUUGGUGUAAUUUUUUUUGUAGUUAGAAAUUUGUAUUUAAAUAUAAUUCGACACUGACGGCACUUGUUUUUCUGGACAUAGUAAGUUACGGUGUGGUUUCCUGUUUCGUGGAAAUUAGCGCGUGUGUCGCUGUUAUUGGAUUAUUAAUCGAUGAUGAUGGAAGAAGAGAAGGCGGAAGCAGUUGCAAAGAAUGGGGAUCCAGAGGUGAAGGAAGAAACUGAGGAAGAUGAAGAUGGAAUGUUUGAUGAAUCCAGUUUUCCGGAGCUGGAGCGCACUCAAACUGGUCGCAAAACAAGUAUCUUCAAGUAUUAUUCAUUUAAAGAGAAAGAUACAAUGCCAAGUUCAGUAAAAAAACCAGGUCCUCUUAUUGGAGUAAUUGAUGUUGGCACGCGAACUGUUCGCUUUGUGGUAUUCAAUGCGAAGCAUGUAGCUGAAGUGGCAUCUCAUCAAAUCGACAUAGAACAAAUAAGUCCGCAAGAAGGAUGGAUGGAACAAGAUCCCAAAGAAAUUCUUUUUGCGGUAAAGGCUUGCAUCAAAGAUGUUAUACGGAAAUUAGAUGUGUUAGGUUUAAAAAUGGACGAAAUAGUAACAAUUGGUAUUACGAAUCAAAGAGAAACUACUGUAGCAUGGGAUGCAAUGACUGGUGAACCAUUAUACAAUGCAAUAGUAUGGUCCGAUAUUAGAACGAAUUCGAUUGUUGAUCAAAUAAUAGCUAAAUUUCCGGAUCAAAGUAAGAAUCAUAUCAAACCUUUAUGCGGUUUGCCAGUGAGUCCAUAUUUUUCAGCAUUAAAAAUACGUUGGAUGAAAGAUAAUGUGCCCACUGUUAGAAAAGCGAUGCGAGAUAGGCGAUGUAAAGUGGGUACGAUGGACACUUGGAUCGUUUGGAAUUUAACGGGUGGCAAAGACGGUGGAUUGUAUAUUACUGACGUAACAAACGCGUCAAGGACCAUGUUAAUGAACAUAGAAACUCUUUCAUGGGAUCCCACGUUGUGCAGAUAUUUUGAUAUUCCUAUGCAAAUGUUGCCAGAAAUUAGAAGCAGUGCUGAAAUUUAUGGAAAAAUUGCAAUCGGUCCAUUAAAGGGUAUCACUAUAUCUGGUAUUUUAGGGAAUCAGCAAUCAGCUUUAGUUGGACAAAAUUGUUUAAAAAAAGGACAAGCAAAAAACACAUAUAGAAGUGGAUGUUUUUUACUCUGUAAUACGGGAACAACACGAGUAUAUUCUUCUCAUGGAUUAGUUACAACGGUAGCUUAUCAAUUAGGUCCAAAAAGUUCAGCUGUUUAUGCAUUAGAAGGUUCAAUUGCAGUAGCAGGUGCAGCUAUUAAAUGGUUACGAGAUAAUAUGAAACUCAUAAAGGAUGUACAUGAAAGUGAACAUUUGGCACAAAGUGUUUUUAGUACUGGCGACGUAUAUUUUGUGCCAGCUUUUACAGGAUUAUAUGCUCCAUAUUGGAGAAAAGAUGCAAGAGGAAUUAUUUGUGGACUUACUGCAUUUACAACAAAACAGCAUAUAAUAAGAGCAUCAUUAGAAGCUGUCUGUUUUCAAACUAGAGAUAUUUUAGAAGCUAUGUAUAAAGAUUGUGGUUUUCCAUUAACCAAGUUAAAUACAGAUGGAAAAAUGUCAACAAAUAAUCUUCUUAUGCAGUUGCAAGCAGAUCUUUGUGGUACACCAGUAUUUAGGUCCACAAUGCCAGAUAUUACAGCUUUAGGUGCGGCAAUGGCAGCAGGUCAUGCAGAAGGUGUAGAUAUUUGGGAAUUAGAAGGUGAAGAAAUAGAAACAGUAUCGACUGAUACAUUUUUGCCAACAACAACACCAGAAGAAAGAGAUGCCAGAUAUAAAAAAUGGAAAAUGGCAGUUGAAAGAAGUUUAGGUUGGGCAGCAGUAAAGAAAUCUGAUCAAAUGACAGAUGAAAGAUAUUAUGUAUUGGCGUCGAUUCCUGCAAGUUGGUUCUUAAUGACAAGUUUUAUUUUAUUACGAUUAAGUUAUUAUUUGAAAAAUCGGUGACAACAUUUGUAUUCUUACAAUGGAGGAUCACUUAGAUAGCAAAUAGCCCAUAUUGUAUUAAAAAUACAAAUAGUAUGGCUGUCAAACAUUGAUAGUAGAUGACAUAUGGCCAUUAUUAAUUAAAAAAAAAAAAACAAAAAAUAG